AUGAACCCAGGAGAGAAAAUUUUCCAAGAGUAUCUGACAAAUCAGGGGACUGUGGUAAAGCCCUACCGCUGGCAGACACAGAGCCAAACCUGUGCUAAGUGUCCCUAUCACAUACGGACAGGUGAAGAAGCAAGAGUUCCUUACACAGAGUUUCUGAGGGCUUUUGGAUUCCCAUGCAGAAGCACAGCACAUCCACAAACCCACCACCUUCUCUUCUACGAACUGAGGAGCUUCUCUGGCACCAUAGUCCAAAAAGGCCACGCCAGCAGCUGUGCUGAGCAGGGCAGCCACCCGGAAUCCAUGCUGUUUGAGGCAGACGGUUAUCUGGAUGCAGUGAUACAUGCCUAUGGAAACACUGGCUGCAUCACCCUCUAUUCAAAUUACUCUCCUUGUAACGAGGCUUACCACUGCUGCAUAAGCAAAAUCUACAACUUCUUGCUGAAGCACUCAGAAACCAGGCUCUGCCUCUACUUCUCCCAGCCUUACCACGUCGAGGACAGCUUCCCCACGGCCGCGUGGAACCGCCGAGCCCUGCACAGCCUGGCCAGCCUGUGGCCAUGGGUCACACUGCAACCGCUGCCUGUGGGGACUUGGUGUCACCUCCUCUCCAACUUCGUGUAUGGCAUCCCGGGGUCAACGCUUCAGCAUGCAGCUUUACCGCCAGGAACCGUAUCAGAUGGACAGAAUCCACACCAAAUUAACAACUUCAGAGGAGUGAAAACCUAUCGUAGGACAGCAUUUCCACAAGCAACACAUGGAGAGCCUGCUGUGCAGCAAAACCCAAAGGCUUUUUCUUGCCCUGCCUUCCAGCAGCCUUUACCAGUGACAAAGGGCAGUCUGCCACAUCCCCUGUCUCAAAGACACUCGGUGCUUUUUCCAGGCUUGUUUCUGCCCUCCCAGAGGGAACGUCUCCACCAAAGACCUAUAAAUAUUGUAAGGCAUUUAAAAAUGCCAAAGGAGUUUAUUAAUGAAAGUCGUAAUCCUGAAGCGGUGAUGGCCAGCAGGAACCGACAGCAAAGGUGACAGAACCUGAACCACCUCCAGGCUGUAAAACCAAGAACACAAGCAGCCAAAAAAUCCGCCCUGAUAUUGCUUCUGAUGAAUGUUAAUGCAGGUUACAACUGUGGAACUUGAAAAAUAAUUGACUGUAUGGUACAGUCGGUACUAACGGUACGAGUGCUGUGUUCAGUUCUGGGCAAGCAAGACACUGAGCUUCCGGAAUGCGUGCAGAGAAUGGCAGGGAGCUGUGUGGGGUGUGAUGGGGAGCCGCUGAGGGAACGGGACGGGGCAGCACGCAGGAGAGGAGCUCAGGGGAAGCUUCAUUGCAUUUUCGCACUGCGUUAAAGGAGGCUGUGGUGAGGUAGGGUCAGCCCCUGCUCCCGGUAACAGCGACAGGGUAAGAGGCGAUGGCCUGAAGCUGCACCGAGGGAGGUUCAGGCUGGGUACGAGGAGCGGUGACGCAUUGGCAGGAGCCGCCCAGCGAGCUGCGGGUAUCAAAGCAGCGCUCCUCCCACGGCUGAGGGAGCGGCGCCGCCCCGUCUCCACAGAAACGGCGCGCGGGCGG